AUGGCAACUCGCUCGAACAUCAAGGUGCUUGAAGAGCCUGGAUCUCUCCGGCCGUCGGUUGUGCCACAGACCGUCCUGGACGCAAUGACGGUCUGCGAAAGGCUUUCCGAGCGUUACCUCUGGGCUGAUUGCCUUUGCAUCAUGCAAGACGACCCUGACGAGAAACAGGACCAGAUCAGCCGGAUGGCGGGGAUCUACACGGCGGCUGAAGCUGUACUCGUCCUCGCAUCUGGCGAUAGCAUGGACCAGGCCGUCCCGGGAGUAUCAGUGGACCGCCCGGAAAGAAUCCAGGGCGAAUUCCUGGGUCUUCGCCUUACGCAAUCGUGUUUCAAAGACCCGUGGGACAUACUCGAAUCAACGACGUGGGCGACACGAGGCUGGACCUACCAGGAAGGCAUUCUCCCCAGCAGGAACUUGUACAUCAUGGAUCAAGAGGUGUGGUUCGAAUGCGGAGAAUCCGUCAUCCGCGAAGACCCUUACGCGGCGCAGGUUGAGUACAUCAAGGAGGGCAGUAAGCUUGCGAGGACAAGCGUGUCUCAUUGGUUGGGCGCCUUGCAUCUCCCAGACCGCGAUGACUCGGACCCGCGGCGGCCUUGGGAUUCCUACACUUGGCACCUGCCCCGGUACACCACACGGUCGUUGAGUGACGAUCGUGACAUUUUCAACGCGUUUUCGGGAAUCCUGAACCCUCUGUUUGACGAUCACGGUGGCACUACCUUCGGAAUCCCUGUAUCAGAAUUCGAUCGGGCACUUCUUUGGCGCAACAUGGACCACAACACGCUAUCUAGCCUCCGCCCGGGUGUACCGAGUUGGUCGUGGGGCUCGAUGCGCGGCCAUACUUUCAUCGACGGAUUGAAAGAUUGGAUUGGGACAAUAGUCAGGUGGUCACAGUACAGCGAAUCGGAGGAAGCCUUCGUUGAAAGAAGCACUCACUGGGGUCAAUGGCAUCAUCAGCGGGGGGCUGGCAAUCUCAAACAUGCUCAUCAAUGGCCUCACCAGCGGGGGGUUGGCAGUCUCAAAAAUGCUACGUGUAUGGCCAUUGCGUGGACACAUGGCCUCGUGGAGAAGCCAUGCCCUCGAGAGCUCGAUCACCGAUCAGUCUCGUUCGAUGAACUCAAUGAAGUCGCAGCUGAGAGGUGGCCUUCACCUCGAGUUUUUGUCCGCGAGGCUCUUGAGAAAGUGGAACUGGACCAGUACGCUUCUCUCGAUGUGCGGAGAGCCGACGUACUAUGCGGCCGUGCGCAAACUGCGGUUCUCAAGGUCAUGCUAGGCGAUUCAGAUUACUCUGAGCGCUGGGCUUCUUCUUCAUCGAGAGGGACAAGAUUUUUCAUGAUCCUCGACCACCAUGGCAACCGAAUUGGCUCGAUUGACCAUAUACACGGCCCUACCUUGGAGAGCCGGAUUGGGCCUCACAGUCUGGAGGGUGGCGCAAACGCUGAAUUCAUGGCCCUCUCAGUGGCGACGAACGCUCUGGCUGAUGGCAUACUUGCAGACGAGCGUGAUCGAAAUGACUCAAUAGUGUUGGAUUUUAGCCGCGAAGAGAAAAGGAGGCAGAAGUUGGGUUUCUUGGACUGCAACGGCAAGCUAUCGUAUCCGUAUCCCAUCGUCAUCGUCAUGCUCAUCUGGACUGAUGAGGAGGGGUACUCGUACCGUGUUGGCAUUGGAUGGGUAAUGAUGACGAAGUGGGCUGAAGCCAAGCUGUCCGAUCUUAUUCUGAUCCCGAUCUACUUUCCGCCUUUGGGCAACGUCCCGGACCUCACCUCCCGUCUCGAAGACACGCCCGACGUCUUCCCUCCCCACAACCACACCCCGCGCGCUUCUAUCGACCCGGUGCUCACCGCAUUUGCCCAACUCGGUGCCCUUCGCCUCGAUGCCUCGCGCUCCUUCAUCUCGCUGGUCGACAGCCAGUCGCAGAUGGUGCUGGCCGAGUCGACCAAGACGCUCUCGCUGCGCAGCCAUCUCUCCGGCAAUGCCGAAAACGAACUGCGGCUCGGUGUGGCCAAGUUCCCGCGUGCCUACGGCUUCUGCGAUCGCAUGUUCGAGGCGCCGCAGGAGCCCGCCGUCAUCAUCAACGACCUGGAGCUUGACGAUGCCUAUGCCAGCCGCCCGUCUGCCCGGGAACCGCCCGACUUCCGCUUCUACGCCUCCGUUCCCCUGAAGAGCGUGACGGGCACUGUCAUCGGUAUCUACUCCAUCCUCGACUAUGCUCCGCGCAACGGCCUCGACCGCGCCCAGCUGCUCUUUAUGCAGGAGAUGGCUGCCACCAUCGUCUCGUAUCUGAGCGCAUCUCGCGCCCACGAGUCCAACCGCAAGGCUGAGCAGAUGGUUCGCGGCCUGACGUCGUUUGUCACUGGCGCCGCCGACCUCCAGGGCAGCGUUGAGCUCGACGUGCUGCGUCUCCCAACAAACACGCCCUUGUCAUCCCCGCUGCCCUCUCGAAACUCUGACCAGCCCAUGCCACCGAAGUCAAGCUCCUCAGACGGGCGCGAGAGCCCUGCCGAGAAGGAUGAUAUCAAUGCUCUGCAAGAAGACAUCCUUCCUCCAGGCGCCAAACAAAUGUUCUCUCGUGCCGCCAAUAUUAUACGAGAAUCGUGCAACCUCGACGGCGUCGUCUUCUUCGAUGCUUCGAUGGCGAACAACGUUCCUCCGGGCGAGAGCCCCCCGCCAUCCGGAACCGACGACAGCGAUACCGAACCCUCGGAUUUCGUCGAGAGCUCGACUGGACAUUCUUCCGAGUCGAAUCAUUCCACAUCAUCCUCAAAUUCUCGAACUCCUACAUGCAAAAUCCUUGGGUUCGCUGAUCCUAGUCGUUCCAGCCGUGAUUACAAUCAGCCACGGAAAGCCUACCUCGGGUUGACCGAACAGUCGCUGAGAAGACUGCUGACCAGGAACCCGCACGGCAAGAUUUUUAACGUCUCCCGGCUGAAUGCCGACUCGGCGCCAAGAAGAAGAACGAAGAAAGGAAAGUCGAUGCGUAGCACGGCAGUUGAGGCUAUUGUAGACGUUGCCCACAAUGCACGUAGCGCCGCCAUCAUCCCUCUGUGGGACUUCGAACGGGAGAGAUGGUUUGCCGGAUGUCUUUGUUGGGUGUCAACUCCUGGUCGACUGCUCAGCUAUGGCUCUGAUCUCCUCUUCCUUCGCGCCUUCGGCCAGAGCAUCAUGUCCGAGCUAAGCCGCAUAGAGUCUGUUGCAAUCAACGAGGUAAAGACAACGUUUAUCAAAUCUAUCUCUCACGAACUACGGUCUCCCCUGCAUGGAAUCCUGGGCGGCGUCGAGUUCCUACAGAACAUGUCACUCGACGCAGCGCAGGCGGACACGCUCAACUCAGUCGCCAUGUGUGGCCGAACUUUGCUCGACACGGUGCAGAACAUUCUAGCCUAUUCAAAGAUCAACGAAAUCACCGGCCCGCUCUCCAACAGCGUCCCUUCUGGAAACAUGAGGCUACGAAGGUCAUCUACUUCGGGCACCAGCCCAGCCACGAACAUAUGCCAACUUACUGAAGAGACAGCCGAAGCUAUUUUCGCAGGACAGUCCUACAACAUCAUGACGGCACCCUUUGACUCAGAGGACCCAGACUAUGAAAACCUUUCAUCUGAGGCCGCUGUCCGCAAGCCCGUACGCGUGAUUCUUAACCUCCAGGCCACCCCGGACUGGACGUUCAGGAUACGGCCGGGAAUUUGGCGCCGCAUUGUCAUGAAUUUGGUCGGAAAUGCUCUGAAGUACACCAACGCAGGGUUCGUCCGCGUCGGCCUCGCGGUGGAGGAGGUCAGUGAGACGCAUUCCAAGGUCGUCAUGACCGUCACAGAUUCCGGCGUGGGCAUGUCGGCGAGAUUCAUAGCGGAUGGCCUGUUCAAACCUUUCUGCCAAGAAAACUCCUUUUCGCCCGGCACAGGCUUGGGCAUGAGCAUCGUGAAACGGCUUGUCCAAAGCCUCGGCGGCGAAAUUUCUGUUGACAGCCAUGUUGGCGUCGGCACCAAGGUGAAGGUCUGCGUCAAUCUCCCCAAGUCCGCCACGCCGAUCAACAACGCCGUCGUAGCGGCCGUGGCAGGCCAGACAAACGUCAGCCAGGUUUCGGUAGUCAGGGAAACGUUUGCGCAGAUCGAGGGCGACGAGACGCAGCAGCUCGCCCACACGAGCGAGCAGUACUUCCACGACUCCCUCCUCAGCACCCUGCAAGACUGGUUCGGCACGAACGCCUCAUCGCCCGACGACGUGAGCUCCGACAGCAGCCAGCUCAUCAUCUACCCCGGGCCCAGCUUCAGCACCAUGUUCAAAGGGCGCUCGCGAACCGGCGUAGCCGUCGUCGUCGCGCUCGACGCCAUCGAAGCCGCCACCCUGCGCGCCAACGCCCGAGUCCAAAGCCACGGCAUCGAAGUCAUCACGCAGCCCUGCGGCCCCAUCAAACUCGCCAGCAUCCUCCACCGCUACCUCUCCCGCCUCGACCCCCAAUCCAACGCCCCCUUCCGCCCGGACAUCGCCGCGCCCCUUUCCCCCCUCCCUCCACCCGCUUCCACGCCCUCACCCACCCGCUCCUCCUGGUUCCUCAUCUCCCCGCCCCCCAUCAACCCCCCUUCUUCGCCCUCCUUGCGCCCUCGCCACCGCCGCCAGCAGUCCUCCACCGCUUCCGUCUCUACCACUCCGUCCUCCAACGCCGCAGGCAAAGAAGUCAUGAUCGUCGACGACAACCCGCUCAACCUACGCCUGCUGUCGGCUUUCCUGAAUAAAUCUGGCAUCGCGCACGCGUCGGCGGCGAAUGGGAUGGAGGCGUUGCAGUUGUUUAAGGAGGCGCCGAAGCGGUGGGCGGCGGUGUUGAUGGAUUUGAGUAUGCCGGUUAUGGAUGGCGUGACGGCGACGAGGGAGAUCAAGGCGUGGGAGAGGAAGUUGGCUGGUGGUGCUGGUGGUGCUGGGGAGGCGGUGGGGAGGGAAGGAGGGGGAGAGGGAGAAGGUGGUGGGGUGGUUGGGGUAGGGGCCAGCAGGCUGGGUGCGCUGGGGAGGCAGGAGAGCAAUGAGUCGACGCAUACGGUUAGGGAGUGGCGGUUGCGGUCUGCUGCUGCUGCUGCGGCUGCAGGUGAUGACGGUGGGAGUCAGGAAGGUGGCGGCGUCUCGAAGACGGAGGAAGGAGGAGGAGGACAGGAAGGCCUGGCUUCGCCGCCGGACGAUGGUGCCCAAGGCGGCGCUCAGGGAGAAGAGCAGCAGUCCACCCGCUCUGUUCCUGGAGGCGUCCAGAUCAUCGUGAUUACCGGGCUGGGCAGCGCUGCGGCGCGCUUCGAGGCGAUUUCGGCGGGCGCGGAUGAGUUUAUGACGAAGCCGAUUAAGUUUGAGGCGUUGACGAAAAAGUUGAAGGAGAGGAUGGCGUCUUGA